AUGGGCAACUGCGGUGGUGUUCUACCAUUAGUACAUGGAUCUCAUUCAGAUCAUCCUCAUGGAGGUUCCCCUGGCCAAACACGUAAACAUUCGCACGAUGAAAGACGACGUGGUAGUGGUGAUAGUCAUGGAAAAGGCGGUGGACACGGACACGGAAAUAAAAAUCAUUUUCUAACAGAUAAAACUGCUCUCACCAUUGAAUUUUAUCUUUUAUAG